AUGAAGAAACGGUUCGACGGCCAGGUGGCCGUUAUCACAGGCUCCGGGGGCGGCCUCGGGCGAGCAUAUGCCCUUGCAUUUGCCGCGAGGGGAGCAAAAGUGGUCGUCAAUGAUCUGGGUGUUGCGCUCGCGGGAGAUGUAGGAACACCAGAACGCAUUCGCCCUGCAGAUGCGGUGGUUGCCGAAAUUCGCAAAGCUGGAGGCGAGGCCGUUGCAAACUAUGAUGACGUUCUGAGUGGCUCCCGCAUCGUCGAGGUGGCGAUCAAAACGUGGGGGAGAAUAGACAUCCUCGUCAAUAAUGCAGGCAUCCUGCGAGAUUCCUCAUUUGCAAAAAUGAGCGAACGCGACUGGGAUCAAGUUAUGCAGAUCCACGUGAAAGGCGCCUAUCUAUGUACAAAAGCCGCAUGGCCCCAUAUGGUGAAGCAGGGUUACGGCCGGAUCGUCAAUACAGCAAGCGCAUCAGGCCUCUAUGGAAACUUUGGCCAGGCAAACUAUGGUGCCGCGAAGAUGGCGCUCGUCGGCAUGACCAGAACUCUGGCAAAGGAAGGUGCCAAGUACAACAUCCAUGUAAAUUGCAUUGCACCACUUGCAGGGACGCGCAUGACCGAGAAAAUUCUGCCGCCUUCAGCACUUGAGGCCCUCAAGCCUGAAUGCGUCGCCCCCGUUGUGCUUUUCCUUGCCUCAAGGGAGUGCACGGAGUCUGGGCAGAUUUUCGAGGUGGGAGCGGGCUGGGUGGCCGCUGUUCGCUGGCAGAGGAGUCCAGGCAAGGUCUUUCCAUCUUCCUACACGCUUGAAGAUUUGACGCGAGAGUGGCAGCAGGUUGUGGACUUUAGAAGUGACGUAUCCUAUCCAACGUCUCUCCAAGACUCGCUUGUGAUGGCCUCCCAACAAAUGUCAACUGAAAUGCGCCAGCAGCCAGCAGAACCGAAGAAGCCGAGUGACACUCCUGCGGAUGCAGCUCCCGGAACAAAGUCUGCAAAGAUCUUUCGCAUGAUCGCGGCGUACUUGGAACGCGCCACGGAUGCCGCAUCCAAGUUGAAGAGCAAGGUGAACAGCUGUUUCCACUUUGAAAUCUCUCCGAAGCAGGGGCAGCCCCCGACUCUCAAGUGGACCAUCGACCUCCGCGCGGAGAGCGGGGGAAAGGCCAUGGAAGGCCAUCACGGCACCGCAGACGCAACGUUCAUCAUGGCGGAUGAGGUGUUUGCACUUAUCUGUCUGGGCCGGCUCAAUCCGCAAGUUGCAUUUUUGCAAGGCAAGAUGAAGAUCCGUGGAAGUAUGGGCAAAGCGACUAAAUUUACUCCCGAUCUCUUUCCCUCCAUAUCCGCUGAGAUGCUCUCUUUAGACGCAUCGCAGGCAGUUGAGCACUUCCUGAAAAGCGUAGCACCACCAGCACCGGAGACAACCGACUCGGCUGGGGAGCUGAGCCCGGAAGCAAUGAAACUGCAGAGCGCCAAACUCUUUCCAUACAUGAAGGAUCAUCUCAAAUCGCAGGCAGGAUCAAAUCUAGUCAAGCAGGUCGGCUGCGUGUAUCGCGUGGACCUUAUUCCAACCACCGGCGGAGCCCCCUGCACGCUGUACAUCAACCUGAAGCGAAUGCCACCGACCGUUCGGGAGCUGCCCAACUCGACCACGGAGCCUUUCGAUUGCUGCUUUACACUGAAGGAUGACGUGUUUUUCAAGCUCGCAACCGGAAAGAUGAACCCCCAAAUGGCAUACUUGCAGGGGAAAAUGAAGAUCAAAGGAAGCACCCAGGCAGCCAUGAAGUUCACAAAGGAUAUGUUCCCCAAGAUUUCCAAGCUGUAG